UCUUUCUUUUUUGCUGAAUACAGAAAUAUCGUGUUCAAAAAUUUCAAUUAAUUGGAAUUAAAAUGGUAAACGUUCCAAAACAGCGCAGAACAUACUGCAAAAAAUGUAACGCUCAUCGCGUUCAUAAAGUAUCGCAAUACAAGAAGUCUAAGGAAAGGAAAGCUUCACAGGGUCGUCGUCGUUAUGAUCGUAAACAACAAGGUUUUGGUGGUCAAACUAAGCCUAUCUUCAGAAAGAAGGCAAAAACUACCAAGAAAAUUGUCUUACGUAUGGAAUGUACCGAAUGCAAAUAUCGUAAACAAUCACCAUUGAAGCGUUGCAAACAUUUUGAAUUGGGAGGUGACAAGAAGAGAAAGGGACAAAUGAUUCAGUUCUAAAUUACUCGCCCCUAAUAUCUAAUUCCAUCUUAUUGUAUUCACUUACAUGUCAAUAAAAGUGAAUCUUUGAAUAAUAUUCAAAAAUGCGUGUAUAAACACUGCCGUUUUUUAAUUUCCCUCGUGUCAAUACGAAUUUCAGCAACUCUAAAACCAUUUUACUGGAUGAUUAGUGAUUGUGAUUAUAAGAAGAAAGCUUAGAAAUAUGAGUAUGAGUUUCAUGGUAAUAAGCACUAAAAUUGCGAAUAUACUUUUUGGUUGGAAGUUCCUCAAAAAUAAGAAUAAAGAUCAUAAGCAGGUACACUUC